CUCCUUCAGCAACCACUGCGUUCUAUCAGAGCACAAAGAUGGCAUCUAGCGUUGACGAUUCACCACGGCAACCUCUUCUGGAAACUUUGGCUGCAAGGUUGUCUACAGAGAUGGGUUCCAUGAGUUUGGAACAGUUGUUAUCGUUGGAGGCAACCCUCUUGUCGUCCUUGGCGCAGGUCAGAGGCUCGAUCAACAUGACCGUGUCGCCGGCAAACCGUCUACCUGUGGAGAUUCUUGCGCGCAUUUUUGAACACGUGCCGAAGCUUGUCCCAUUCCAUCAAUACAAUACACGCUGGGGACAUGGUGUCCGUGACUUUCGCACCCUACUGAAGGUCACGCAUGUGUGCCGACGUUGGCGAGACAUUGCACUGUCGAUGCAAACCCUCUGGGGUCACAUAUCGAACGGUGACCGAGACCCCCGUGUCUGGCAAGAGAUUCUGGAACGAUCAGGAGACAAGGCCUUACAUGUUUCCCUCAAUCAUUCCAUCGACCAAUCGCUUGCCACAAUAUUCGAGUCUUCACCUUCGCGUCUGGUCGAGCUACACCUUCAUUUUUUCAGAGGUUGGAUCUUAGCAUCGUCUCUGAACUUUUCAGUUCCAAACUUGAGGAAACUGACCAUUGAGGAGGCCUGCUUUUCACCUUAUGUGCAGAAUCGGAGCGGAGCUCCGACUAUUUUCAAAGGGAUCGCACCCACAUUGCGAUCUAUGGAGCUCCGUGGGACUGACGUGUUCCCAAAUCUUCGUUUACCAAAUCUGACUCACCUCAGUCUGGACCACUGCUCCCGAACCAGCGGUUCUCAGACAUUGCUAUCGUUACUUUCAAGGGCCCCGAACCUGGUUCACCUCGUGAUCUUCGAUUCCGAACUCUACAAUCACCCGCGGCCGGCACCCGAGGCCUUGACUCAAUCCGUGCCCCUUUCGAAGCUUCGUCGACUAGAUAUAUACACAGAUGGGGAUCUGCAUCAGAUAUAUAGCCAAAUGGCAUCAUCCUCAUCUGCAGAUUGUUUCCGGGUUGCCCGUUACAGCGAGCAUCACUCGAGUAUCUGUUGAUGUGAAGGCUCUCCGCUGGUUCAGCAGACAACGCUUUCGUGUUUUGGGUGCUGGUCCUACUGGUAGCAUAUGCCUCGAGCAGCACGCUGUUGACCAGGACACAUGGGCUGAGGACCUGUUGGAACUUUUCUGCCCGGCGCAGGUACAAGAGAUAUGGCUGUCGAAGAGAUGGAGGCAAUUACCGGAGCACACAUUGGUCGCGCUGUUGCGAUGCGCGCCAGACUUGAAAAAGCUCGUGUUGAACGUAGACCACGUCGACGAGCUGCUCGAGGUCCUGAUGCUCAGCGAUCGCCGUCUCGAGAUGAUAUGUCCCAAUCUUGAAACUC